GACACUUCACUUCAAACUUUAUCAGUCCAAAAUCCGAAAACCUGUUGUUUAUUUAAAAAAAUAUCUACUAUUGAAUUUAUUGUUUUUCUAUACGUUUAAAUUUGUAAUAUAAUCAUAAUCCCAAUACAUCACAUUAACAAGUAUGACAUCGAUUUUUGACCAAUACGAGCAGGCAUCUCAAGUAUCUCAAAAAGUAGUUCCAGCUUCUGAGCAAAUGACUUCAUCGGGUUACAUCAAUAUGCAGCUAGAAGAUAAUACACCCCUUUUUUCCAAACAGAGGAUGAAUUUUAAUCCUUCAGAUUUGAUUACUCAUGUAGCAGUUGCAAGUGACUAUUUAGUUUUAGCUAUGGCUAAUGGAAAAUUGUUUAGGAUGGAUUUAAAGAUGCCUGAUCAACAAGAAGAAAUCCAAUACACAAAGAUUAUUCAACCAAAUUCAAAAUUAACUGCAAUAUUUCUUGAUCCACUGGGUUACCACUUACUACUAGCCUUUGCAGCUAGAAAUAAAGAUGGUAGCCCAGAAUUGGUUUAUCUUCAUCGCAAUAGUACUAAAUUGAAGUCUGUAAGUAAAUCAAGGAACUAUGAAGUAACAGAAGUUGGUUGGAAUUAUGAGAAUAGAUCUACAUCAACUACAGGGCCAAUAUUACUUGGUACAUCUCAAGGACACAUACUGGAGAUGGAGCUAGAAGCUGACAAUGAUAAAAUGUUUACUGUUAGCCAGCAAUAUUGGAGACAGCUACCUAAUUAUUUACCACUGUAUGGAGGAAAGGAGAUUGAUGGUUUGAUUUUUGACAUUGGCAAAGGAACUGAUACACCAAUUACUGGUAUACAAUUUCAUAGAGUGAACAAUACAAGCAAAUACUUUAUUUUUGUUACCACACCAACUCGACUCUAUCAGUUUAUAGGCCAUGCUAUGAUCUCUGAUGAUAAACCAUCCCUUCAAUCCAUUUUCCACUCUUAUCUGACAACUCCGGAAACUGGUUUUCAAGAAAUUCCAUCCACAUUGAAGUAUUCCAAGCUACAGUUUUAUUUUGAUAAAAGCAAUGAACCUAAAACUUUUGCAUGGCUUACAGAACCAGGAAUAUUUUAUGGACAGCUGGAUCCUUCAUCUCAACAAAACUCUAAUUCUCUAUUUACACAAGGUGAACUUAUCAAUUAUCCUACUGAUAAAGGCGAUGGAAAAGAAUCAACUCCCUUAUCAUUUGUAUUAACCGAAUUUCAUGCUUUAGUCAUGUACUCUGAUGGAGUUAAGAGUGUGUCUCUUCUCAAUCAGGAGCUUGUCUAUGAAGAUCGGUAUAACUCAGAAGUACACGGAAAGCUAAAAAACAUUGUCAAAGAUUCUGUUAGACGUACCAUUUGGGCCGUUACCGACAAAGCCGUGUUUAGAUAUAAGGUUAAUAGAGAAGAUAGAAAUGUCUGGCGAAUUUAUUCCGAUAAAGAACAGUUUGAUCUCGCUAAGCUGUAUUGCCAGAAUAACCCAGCUUACAUAGACAUCAUAAACGUCAAACAAGCGGACUUGCUAUUCGCAAAGGGUGACUAUGAAAAGAGCGCAGAGAUCUUUGCGGAAACUCAAAGUAGUUUUGAAACAAUAUGCCUCAAAUUUCUAGAAGUUAAUCAGAUUAAUGCUUUAAAAGUAUAUCUGAGCAAACGAUUAGAUGCCUUAACUGACGACGAUAAGACACUAAUCUCUAUGAUUGUGAUUUGGAUGACUGAAUUGUAUGUAUCACAGCUAGCGUCUUUGAGACGCUCGGGGAAAGAUAAUUCUCAAGAAUACCAUCAAUUUCAGAGUGAUUUAGAGGUGUUUCUUCUUCAACCAAAAGUGGUACAAUGUAUGCAACAUGUAAAAUCAGUUGUGUAUGACCUAAUGUCCUCAUAUGGGGACAAACAGAAUCUUAUAAAACUGACGGUUAUUAAUGAGGAUUACGAAAAUGUAGUCGCUCAACAUAUUUAUAAGAAGUCCUAUCAGGAGGCGUUGAAUAUGCUGCAAUCUUUGAAGAAACCCGAGUUAUUUUAUCAAUUUGCACCAGUAUUAAUGGAAGAGACUCCAACAGAGACAGUGAAUGCGCUGAUUUCGCAAGGAGCUAAGUUAAGUCCAUCUAAAUUGCUUCCCGCGUUUUUAUCCUGUGAAAAUGAUGACAAGCACGCAUCGGAGAUAACACGAUAUCUAGAAUUUAUGUUGCAGAAUUUCAACGUGAAGGAUAAAGCAAUACAUAAUUAUCUAUUCACGUUAUACGUUGAAACGGAUAAACCCGCUUUGAUGCGGUAUUUGUCACGACAGGGACGGGAUAUCACUAUGGUGAAUUAUGACGUGCAUUACGCAUUACGUCUGUGUCGUGAGAACGGUUUAUCAGAGGCGUGUGUCACUUUAUCAGCUCUGCUAGGACUCUGGGAGGCCGCGCUAGAAUUGUCUCUACAGGUUGAUAUAUCUCUCGCUAAGUCUGUGGCUGCGAUGCCGGAAGAUGUUAGCUUGCAGAAGAGAUUGUGGCUUAGUGUGGCUGAACACAUAAUAACAAAGAACCAGGAUAUAAAAGAGGCGAUGCAAUUGUUAGAAGAAUGUUCUCUUAUCAAGAUUGAGGAUAUACUUCCGUUCUUCAGCGACGUCACCACCAUUGAUCACUUUAGUGAACCUAUCUGCCAGUCUUUAGAGGAAUACAAUAAUCAAAUAGAGGAGUUGAAGAUUGAAAUGGAGGAUGCCACGAAAUCCGCAGAAUGUGUUCGCAAUGAAAUACAAUCGUUCCGUAAUCGUAGCGUACUAGUCUCGGUGACAGACGUAUGCUGCGUGUGUGACAUCGCGUUGUUGUUGCGGCCUUUCUAUCUAUUCCCGUGCGCUCAUCGUUUCCAUACGGAUUGUCUUCUUGCGCAAGCGCAGCCCAUACUUGCCCCCGCGCGUCGCAACAAAUUAACGGAUCUCCAACGACAACUAGCAGUCUUGUCAAAUGUUGAACUCUCAACAGUGACAUCUAGCGGACUACCCUUACGUGAAGUACUUCGGAGUGAGAUAGACGACAUUGUGGCUAGUGAAUGUGUGCUCUGUGGAGAACAUAUGAUAGCCAGUAUUGAUCAACCAUUCAUUGCAGAUCAAGAUUGGGAUCGGGUUAUGAAGGAAUGGGAAUGAACGCUUUUGAAUGUUCAUACAUUUGGUUGUCGCUAUUUCUAGGUGGUUUACCUCAUAUGUGGCUUUUUGGUUCAGUCACAUAGCGUAUAGGCGGAGGUCCUUGGUCCUAUUUCUAGUAAAAGAAGAGUGGCUUUCAAUUUGUAGGUAUAGAAUGCCAUUACGAAAAGCCACAUUUUAUAAAACUAAAAAAGCUUCUCAUAAAAACAUUUUCUACUAUAAAGUCAAAAGUAUUUCUAUCAAGAAACCUUCGUUAGCCAUGAAUUCUAAAAGAACGUAAGCAAUGAACGCAAGUGAAUAUUUGUUGCAUAAUGUAGUUCAGAAAUUGUAUUAAUUAAAAGGAAAUUUUAUAUCUUAAAAAUGACAGUAUAGGCAUAGCAUUCUGAGUUACGUGGAAUCUUAAUCUAUAUAAAAAAUCAACAACAAUUAUAAUGUAAACCAAAGAAAAAAUAUGGAAGGAAAGACUGAUUCAAGGAAUUUAAAAACCUGGAAAUCUUGUAACAUUUGUAAAUAAUUUGUAUCUAUUCAUAAAAUGUAUUUUAAAUUAUAAACUAAUAUACCUUAUAAUUAUUCUAUUAAGAUCAUUAUCUCAUCUAUGUAAUCUUAUAUUGUGUAUUUAAAGAUCCAAUAUAAAUAAUAGUUAAAAUGUA